GUGGAUUGCAAUAAGGGAGUGAGUGGAGCUCUGGGAGAACACAGCUGAAUGAAUACAGAGAAACAAUUCAACACUCAAUCAUACAGUGUAGGCAGAGAAGGAAAAAUGCUCAAGGAAAACAACAUGGAAGAAAUUAAAACAUGGGUCCUUCAGACACUCCAGAAGGAAAGAGAGUUUACAUGCAGAGAAAUUGAUUUCCGCUGCACAGAACACAUUGAAAACUACUGCAGGAAGAAGGAGAAAAGCAGGAUGAACAAGAACAACUGGUUGAAGGAUAUGAUGGCAGCUGAAAAUUUGGGCCCAAGUGCAGACUGGAUGUAUGUGCUUAGGAAAGAGAUGGAGAAGAUGAGGGAAGAAUGGCUCGUGGAGGACAGGCUGAGGAGCACUCAGGAAAAUAAGAGGUGGAGAAAGAAUGAAGAGAAUCGUAAGGAGAAUGAGAGGAGGAGGCUGGAUGAACAAAUGGACCUGGUUGAAAGGCUAAAGGAGAUGGAAAAAAGGGUUUGCAAUAUAGAGAAAUCCACAGAGAGCUUGGUGGAGAGGAAAGAGAUGGAGAAGGCGAGAGAAGAAUGGCUCAUUGAGGACAAGCUGAGGAGCACUCUGGAAAGUAAGAGUUGGAUAAAGGAAGAAGAGAAUCGUAAGGAGGAUGAGAGGAGGAGGCUGGAUGAACAAUGGGACCUGGUUGAAAGGCUGAAGGAAAUGGAAAAUAGGAUUUGCAAUAUAGAGAAAUGGACAGAGAGAUUGGAGAGAGAGAGUGCAAAAGAAAGAGAGGUGAUGAAAGAAUUCAAGAAAAUGAUACAGACAGAUAUGGAGAAAGAGAGGGAGAAGAUGAGACAGUACAAAGAAAUGAUAAAGAGGGUGAAAGAGAAAGAGGACAUGAAAGAAUUUGAGACAGUGAUACAGAGGGAAAGAAAGGAGAUGAAGGAACACAUGGAGAAGUUAAAGGAGACCCAGAGGGCAUUAGAGAAAGAACGAGCGUUGAUUGAAGAAGAAAGAAAGAAGAUGGAGGAAGAGCGGAUAAAGGAAAAGAAAUGGAUGGCACAAUGCAUUGAGGAAGAGGAGGCUGAAAAGCUUGAGAUGAAAAGAGAAAUGUGGUGGAUGAGAACCGAAAGAAAUCAGGAAAAACAGCAGUUGAAGGUUUACCAGCAGAGGGAUGGACUGAGGAUGAAGGAGAUGGAGCAGCUGAAAAUAGAGCUAAAUGAAAACCUGGAUGUGCAUAAAGAAAAGAUAGAGAAUCAGCUCAGAGAAAGAGAGCUGAGAAUGGAAAAGUGGGAAAAGCAAAAAAGCAGUGACCAGGAGUUAGGGUUGAAGGCUGCAAGUUUGAAACUGCAGGAAGAAACAAGGAUCAGGAAGGAAGCUGAGAGGAAGUCAAAGAAGCUGGCUAGAAAUAUGUCUUCACAGUAUUUAGAGCUGGAGGGCAAGAUUUUAACCGUUGUGAAAUACUUUGGUGAGGCUAUGGAAGAUAUGGAAGGAUGCACCAGCAAAAGAUUAAAGGAUGUAGAGUACAGAGUGAAGCAGAUGCUGGAGAUGCUGAAGCAAGACAGUGGAGUGACAGUCAACAAUAUGAUGGAUGAGUCCACUAGUGAACAAAGGAAUGAGAAAUGGAAGAAGUGGGGCUUCAUCAAAAGAUGCUUUAAGAAAUAGAUUUGGGGACAUCACACACUUUUUUAUAACACAUUUUGAAUGGCAUUUGAUCAUUUUCUUUAAUAAAAUGUGUAACAGUGGUGUUUCCUUCAGAUCGCUUCAAUUCUAUGAGCACUUACCACUGAG